UGUGUAAUCGUCUCAUUUCGCUCCUGCCCCAGUGUCUUAGUGUGGUUUAGACUUGACAUUUUAAAACCUUCAAUGACUUCUUCUUGAGCCAUUUUAAUGAGGACUUGCUCAUGUGCUCUGGAUAAUUGCCUUUGUGCAUGAUCCAUCUGCUCUUCAGGUUUGAAUCAAGGCCUUUCAUUAUCCACUAAUUUUUUUUUUUUCUCUGUGUAUAAAAUUCAGCUUUCACGUUGAUGACAAGUCAAUCAUGACAGUUCCACUCCAAACUCUGACCACUGCUAUGUUGUGUUUUUUUUUUUUUUUUUUUUGCUGUGGAGCUUCCAGUGGUUGAGUGAGUCAUAGAUGCUGGAGAGUAUUUACACUUUACCUUAGUAAUGGAGAGGUUUGGGACAACAAUUCAUGAGUAAAUAGACAACCAACCCAGAUUUUCCACCACACGGCCUACAGUGUUCUGAAUGGUGGAGCUGGGAACCUCAGAGUCUGGGAACUAGUAAGACGAGUAAGCAUAAAUAUGUUAUUAUACAUUAUACAAUUCUCAAAUUAUAUUAAUGUGCUCAUUCUAAUAUGUUAUCAUUUCUAUAGUAACAGCUCAUUCACAGAGACUUGUAUGGUGGACAAGCUGCAUCGUUGAAGGCAAAAAAAUAUAUAUAAAAUCGUUGAGGUGGAGGUUUCAGUAAGGAGAUGUUUAUAUGACAUUUAUGGAAGGAGUCCCAGGUAUCAGGGCUUUGUAACAGUCAGUAGGUUUUCUGACAUUGCAGAGUCUUCAGGAGUUUGUGCUUUCUGGUUUUAAUCACAAGCUGCAUUUUUAAAUUCAAGAGAGAAAAAGAAUUGACUGCUGACGUUCCACAACAUGAGCAUGGUUAAAAAGUAUGACGUGUUGUUCAUUAAUAAAUCAAAACUUGUCAUCGUUGGCAAAUUGCUGCGGUAUGAGAAGAAUAAAACAAUUUGGGACACGCAGUCAUCGGAAAAUAAUUCUCAGCAACCCCAUGCUGGCCUAUUUUUCUAUGAGAACGUGCCUUGUCAAGUUUUAUUCCUUAUUAGCAACUUCCUCUCAUCUUCUGUGAUCAGACUGAAUUCGUCUGAAAUGUCUUCAGAUUAAAUAUUUACCUCCGAACUUUACUGCCAAAGGUAUAAAUAUUGGUGUGGUCUUAGAGUCCAUUCACUUACACUACAGCUUACAUCAUUUAAAAAAAAAAAAAAAAAGCAGCAGAUAAAGCAGCAAAGGUAAAGUGCACUGUGUAUUUAUUAGCAAUUUAAACAAGUGAUCGUUUUUUUCUAAUCUUGUCUACACAGGGUAACAUCUAACUUCAUCCAAUGGAGCCCCCAUUAAUGUGCUGCUUUGCUCUCUUUCUGAUUCUGCUGCAUUCCUGCAGCCAGUGUGAGGCUUUUAGGGGUGUGGAUCUAGAAGAUCUGGCUUCCAACAACACAUGGGUUAUCGCUUACAGUUCAAGCUGUAGCACCACCUGCGGACUGGGCCUCCGUACCCAGAGGCUCUGCCCUUUGGGGACCGAUAACAAAGCUGACUCCCUGGCAUGCAGAGUUCGUCAGGUCCAGUGUUUGGACAACUGGCAGUGUGGGCUGCAGACUCAAACAGCCACCACAGGGCAGUAUCUGGAGCUGGACUGUCUUGAAGAAGUCAUGGAAGCCAUGGGCCGCUUCGCCUUCGUGGUGUCGUGGCACUUUGCACGAGGGGUCAUCACCACAGAUAACCGCUUCUUCAUGCGGCGUGAUGUCCCAGGGCUGGACAGGGUCAUCCUGAAUCCGGUGAAAGAGGAGGACGCUGGGACGUAUCGCUGUGACGUGCUGGACACAUCUUACCACAGGGUGAAGAGGAUGUACAAAGGACUGAAGGUUUUAUCUGCUCAUGUUCUGAGCCUGAACUUCGCUAAGGGUUUGACGGAGUGGGAGAAACCCGGAGAGAUUAAUGUAACGGUCAUCACUGGGAAACUGUAUCCCAGCAGCACUGUGCGAAAUGUGGUGCUGCUCAGUUUGUCCAUAUCCAUCACCGUGGCUGUGAUUGUCUUCCUUGGACUGUUUGCUUUUUCUUACUGGAAAAGGUCAACAAGGAAGGACCCAAUUUCCCAUGAGUGUUAAGGAAACCCCUGAUGACUCACUAGCUGUUUUGCUCCUUUUCUCAAAUGCACACACAAGCAGAGUAACGUGCCCUUCCAUUUUUAUAUUCCCAUUUCAGCAAAACUUAAAAUAUGUGGAAUUACAUUCAAUUAAAUUGCUAAACACAGUGUCACUUACCUGCAUUAUGUGUAAUCCCAAUAAAGAGGACUCAGGAAUCUGAGACGCUGUACAAC